GUAGUUAUAGCGGAAGAUGAAGAUUUGAAACCAUCUAAAGCACUUCUAGAACAAUUGGAAAAAGCCAUACGCAAAGUGAAAGAAUCCCCAGAAACAAUAGAAGAACACCAAGAAGUCAAAAAAUAUCUUCAAGAAAUUGAUAAGCAGCUUGAAUAUUUUAAAGAAUUUGAUGAAAAAGUUUUCGAUUUUAAUCAUAUGAUUAAUUUGGCAUUUGAUAUCCUUUCUAGUUUAGCUAAUUUAAAAACUGAAGUUUUUUCACUUAUUGAAAAAUCAAAUAGGAUUAAUUUAGAAAGCAAUUGCUUAAGUGAAAUCAAUUUAUUAGUUGGUGAAAUUGAUAAAUAUUUCAAAUAUUUACGCGAAUGGAAGAAUAUUAGUACUAUAAUUACUAACCAAUUUAAAAAAUUAUAUGAAGAUCUUAGAAAUUUAAAUAAUAAUACAAAAGAUAGUCUUUUUUUUUUCGAGAUUCAAGAAAAAUUAAUAACUGAAAAAGAAGAACUUAUGAAAAAAAUAAAUCAAGAAAAUGAAGCGAACCUUCUUCAUAUUAUUGGGCUAAAAUUAGUAUACGAUUUAGCUACUGAAUUAGAAUAUACAACAAGUAGAUUUAAGCUUUUGGAUCUAACGUCUAUUCAAAAAAUAUCAGAUUUUUUGGAAAAACUUACCUAUGAAUUGCAAUUAAGUGAAGAGUUUGUAAAAAAUUUUGGAGAAAGUGAAUUAUAUGUAAAAGAAUGUUGUCUCAAUUAUGUCGUAGAAAAAUUGUCAAAAAUAG